GUUCAGGCAGCGACGGUUAUUCAUUAAGCCCACACUCCACUUUCUGCUCGCGAGAGCAUGCGCCUGCCGCCGCCGCCGCCUUGGAGCGAGAAGAAAUCGAGCUCGCGCUGCGCCAACCCUGCUGCAGGUGCUCCAUUCAUCAGUUCAGGUUAAAGGAGGCACGAUGCUGGCCGUCACAGUGGCCGUCUGCUUGCUGGCCGCCGCCGGUUCGAUGGCCGCGGCCGACGGCCACUUUCGCCUGGUCGUGCUGCACAACAACGACAUGCACGCGCGUUUCGAGCAGACGAACGGCAGGUCGGGCAAGUGCUCGCAAAAGUUCCUAAGCACCAACUACUGCUUCGGCGGCUUCGCCAGGGUGUCUCAGGUUGUGAAGGACGUGAGAAGCGCCGAGAAAAACGUGUUGUUUCUGAAUGCGGGCGACACUUACCAAGGCACCACUUGGUACACCGUGCACAAAUGGCGUGUUGUCGCGUUUUUCGUCAAUUUGAUCGGAUUGGACGCAAUGAGCCUUGGCAACCACGAAUUCGACGACGGUGUUGCUGGUCUUGCUCCGUUCCUGGAAAACGUAACCGUGCCAAAUCUGGCAGCCAACUUGAAUGUGAGCGGGGAGCCAAGCCUAAGCAAACUGCGGCCUUCGGUUGUCUUGGAAGUAGGCGGCCGGAAAAUUGGAGUAAUUGGAUACCUCACACCGGAAACUAGAGAUCUGGCAAAAGACAUUGGAAAUGUCGAGUUUGAAGAUGAAGUUACAGCCAUCAAAAGAGAGGUCAAGCGUCUAAUAGCAUCAGGCGUUAAUAUUUUAAUCGCGCUUGGCCAUUCCGGUCACACGGUAGACAAAAAAAUUGCUCAGGAGGUAGAUGGACUGGAUUUGGUAAUUGGAGGCCACACCAACACGUUCCUCUACUCAGGCCACCGACCUGACUCUGAAAUUCCGUCUGGUUUGUACCCGACGAUGAUGAAACAGGCGAGUGGAAAAUUGGUGCCAGUAGUGCAAGCGUACGCUUACACAAAAUACAUGGGAAUGCUGAACAUGACCUUUGACGAAAACGGGGAAAUUGUGACGGUUGAAGGAAACCCCAUUCUUCUCGACUUCAACAUUAAAGAAGAUCCAGCGAUUUUGGCCGAGUUGAAACCGUGGGCUAACAAAGUUGCCAAUUUGACAAAGGAAAGAAUCGGGAAAACAAUGGUUUUCCUGAACGGAUCUCAAUCUGCCUGCAGGAUGGAAGAGUGCAAUCUGGGAAAUCUGAUCGCGGACUCCUUUGUGUACCACAAUGCGAGAUCGUAUUCCGGUCAGGGAUGGACGGACGCUCCCAUUGCGAUUCAGAACGGCGGCGGAAUAAGGAACUCCAUCGACAAAAGCAGCGAUACGGGAUAUGUAACCAUGGAAGAUGUUCUGGCCGUUUUGCCAUUUCAGAGCGGUAUUAUUAAAAUGAAACUCAAAGGGACAUACUUAUUAGAGGCACUGGAAGAAAGUGUUCGCUAUUAUGAUUUCGCAGGGACCGAAGCCCCUGGUAGAUUUCUUCAGUAUUCAGGUCUCAAUGUGGUUUAUGAUAUGAAAAAACCACCUGGAGAAAGAGUAAAAUCAGCGACAGCACGUUGCGGCAACUGUCGAGUGCCCGUUUUUUACCCGCUCGACCCUGAGGAAACCUACACCCUGAUCAUGAGUACUUAUCUCUCUGAUGGUGGAGAUGGCUUCCGCGUUUUUAGCAAUCAUGGGAUUAAUAAAUCAACGCUAGACGCAGAGGAAAGCUCAAUAUUUGCCGAUUAUAUUAAGCAAAACAGCCCGGUUUUUGCUGCCGUUGAGGGCAGGAUCACGCUGUUGAUUGGAACCGCAGACAGUGGAGCCGCUUCACUUUUUUACCCGUCUGUCCACAUAGCUGGGAUUGCGUUACUUGUUGCUUAUUUGCUUCAGUGAUCAUUAAAUAAAAUGAAAUAAUAAUGGAAACCAC